GUUUUCAUUAUUCGUUUUACGUUUGUCAAGCCUCAUAGCCGGCAGUUCGAACGUAUACGCUCUCCGAGUCAGACCUCGAAAUAUCUACACAUUUCUGUGAAUUUUCUUGUCGCGUGUGAAAAACCCCACUAAACACUCAAUAUGCGUGAAUGUAUCUCUAUCCAUGUCGGCCAGGCUGGUGUCCAGAUUGGAAACGCCUGCUGGGAGCUGUACUGCCUGGAGCACGGCAUCCAGCCCGAUGGCCAGAUGCCCUCCGACAAGACCGUGGGCGGAGGUGAUGACUCGUUCAACACCUUCUUCAGCGAGACCGGAGCCGGCAAGCACGUGCCCCGUGCCGUGUUCGUCGAUCUGGAGCCCACUGUGGUGGAUGAGGUCCGUACCGGAACCUACCGCCAGCUGUUCCACCCAGAGCAGCUGAUCACCGGCAAGGAGGACGCCGCCAACAACUACGCCCGUGGCCACUACACCAUCGGCAAGGAAAUCGUCGACCUGGUUCUGGACAGGAUCCGCAAGCUGGCUGACCAGUGCACCGGUCUGCAGGGCUUCCUGAUCUUCCACUCCUUCGGCGGAGGCACCGGAUCCGGCUUCACCUCGCUGCUGAUGGAGCGUCUUUCCGUGGACUACGGCAAGAAGUCCAAGCUGGAGUUCGCCAUCUACCCCGCUCCCCAGGUGUCCACUGCCGUGGUUGAGCCCUACAACUCGAUCCUGACCACGCACACCACCCUGGAGCACUCGGACUGCGCCUUCAUGGUCGACAACGAGGCUAUCUACGACAUCUGCCGCCGCAACUUGGACAUUGAGCGCCCCACGUACACCAACCUGAACCGUCUGAUCGGCCAGAUCGUGUCUUCGAUCACCGCCUCCCUGCGGUUCGAUGGUGCCCUGAACGUGGAUCUGACUGAGUUCCAGACCAACUUGGUGCCCUACCCACGUAUCCACUUCCCGCUGGUUACCUACGCCCCGGUCAUCUCCGCCGAGAAGGCCUACCACGAGCAGCUGUCGGUGGCCGAGAUCACCAACGCCUGCUUCGAGCCGGCCAACCAGAUGGUGAAGUGCGACCCCCGUCACGGCAAGUACAUGGCCUGCUGCAUGUUGUACCGUGGUGAUGUGGUGCCCAAGGACGUGAACGCCGCCAUCGCAACCAUCAAGACCAAGCGCACCAUCCAGUUCGUGGACUGGUGCCCUACUGGCUUCAAGGUCGGCAUCAACUACCAGCCACCCACCGUGGUGCCUGGCGGAGAUUUGGCCAAGGUGCAGCGUGCCGUGUGCAUGUUGUCCAACACCACGGCCAUCGCCGAGGCCUGGGCCCGUCUGGAUCACAAGUUCGAUCUGAUGUACGCCAAGCGUGCCUUCGUCCACUGGUACGUCGGUGAGGGUAUGGAGGAAGGCGAGUUCUCCGAGGCCCGUGAGGAUUUGGCCGCCCUGGAGAAGGACUACGAGGAGGUCGGCAUGGACUCUGGCGACGGUGAGGGAGAGGGUGCUGAGGAGUACUAAGCGUAGCGCCACUCCAACGCUCGCGGGGAGCGUCAUUGGUGGGCGGGCAACCGUCGAAAUCAGUGUCUACGCUUCCAAACGCAACAAAAAAAUUCACUGCAGCACUGUAAAGCAAAAAACGAAACAGGAAAGAUUUACAAACCAGAUAGUAUUUUAUCCAUAAAGACACGUAUAGCAGAAAAGCCCAGCUAACUCGGCGAUAAGUUGUGUACAAGAAUAAAAUCGGCAAAACAGUGUUGACAGCAAAUAGAAAA